GAGAGUAAAAAAUGUCAAUGUGAGGAGAAGCCAUUAACAAGCUUCAACAAAAUAUAAAGGCUUGUGCAUGUUUGUGUUUGCCGGAAAGAUUACCUGACGGUGGUCGGAACUCAGGAUGGCCGGGUUAGUUCAAAACCAGAAUGCUGAGAAACGAAUGGAGAAGCAGAGUGGUUGCAUUUCUGGUUUCCUUCAGAUCUUUGAUCGCCAUCAGAUUUUGGCCGGAAAACGCAUCCAUUCCACCAAACGCCUCCCUCCCUCCACCGGCGUCGGUGCAUCGCCGGAGAUUUUGAGUUCCGUACAGUCUCCGGAGUUUUCUGGAGAACUACGAAAGCAAGAGCCAACGAAACACGUGGUGGUAAUGCCGGAAAGUCCAGACCGUUCUCAGUCAUCUCCGUCGGAAAAUGCGACUGGCAACCAGUUAGCAACGCCGCCGACAAAAUCUACGCCAUUGAUUCCGAUGUCUGAGAUGAAAGAUGGAACGCAAAAGUGUUCGUGGAAAUCCAGCAAAGAAAUGGCUAGACUUUCGCUUGAUAGCAGUGCCAAUAGUAAACCGUCGGUGGUUACUGACGGCGGCUAUGACAAGCAACAGCGAUCCUCUAGCGUCAUUGCGAGACUCAUGGGUCUCGAGCCAUUAUCAUCUUCCGAUCAUAAACCUCCACAACCCGUCAGCGGCAAACCGGCGCUAAGAAGAUCUGCUUCAGAAUCCAGAGUUUCGAGAGAUCCAGUUCACUCAAUAUACAUCGACGGCAACAAUUUCCAAGUGAAACAACCGAAGCAAACGGUAGAACAUAUUGUUAGAGAUGAAGGAAGAAAUGUAAGCAACAGUGAGUCUGUAAACGGUAGAGCCUUGAAAUCGAUGGGAUAUGGAUCGGGAAAUCUGAAGUCUGAAUCUCUUAGAACAUCGCCAUGGAAAUCGCCUCAGCAAAAAAGAAGUUUCUUCGAUUCAGAGGAUUUUUUCCCGGAGCCAAACCCGACGACGGUGUCAAUGCAUGGAGAUUUCGAGAAGAAAUUGAAGAUGAGAGGAAUGGAUGAACAGUCCAAUGAUCUAGGCACAUUGAAACAAAUUCUCGAGGUUCUGCAACUCAAAGGUCUUCUACACUCUACUAGACCUUCAAACGGAGACCGGCACCGGAACUUCGUCUAUGUUCGGAAUUUGCCUUCCGAUGAAUCCAGCAUCGUGUUAAUGAAACCAUGGCGAUCGCCGGCGUCAAAAGUGGAUAAUCAGAUAUCUACAAAUGACUCUCGAGGAACGCGUAGAUAUACCGGCGAAAAUUCUCCGGCGAUUAGUCCAAAGCGGGAGGGUGGAGCGGUGGAUCGGAGCGCGAGGAGUCCGGCGAGAGCUAGAAACUCUUCACCUACUCGAAUUGAGAGUAACUUAAAGAGUUGUAAUUCCAUUGUCAAAAGGAAACCAUUGAGCAUUGAAAUCCAACGAAGAGCAAACGAAUCUUCAGAUUCACUAAGAAGUUCGCCAAGUAGUUCUCCUAAGCUGACUCCUAAAAGAACCGUAUCCGUUAAUCACUGCUUGAACAAUCGAUCUCCGAGAAACCAUAAACCAUCGGAAUCGUCCGCCAUUAAUUCUACAAAGCAUGAAACCUUCAAAAACAUUGUUAUAGAAGAGGAAUCGUCUUCCAUUUCUGUAAGCACCGUCUAUACACCACCUCCAACCGAUACAGAGGGAAAUAGACAAGGAAGGAGUUUGUUACAGCGAUGUGACAAGCUACUUCAUAACAUAGCGGAGAUGAACAGCACCACCGAGUCACCACCGAUUGCAACCACAGUUUUACCGAGUCCAGUCUCGGUCCUUGACUCAGGUUUUGACAAGGACGAGUCGUCGUCUCCUUCACACAGCAUUGAUUUCAAAGUUCCUCCAACCGUUGAUUAUGAAGACGAGAAUUGCAGUCGUUCAAUCUCGCCGACGAAAUCCAUGGAACACGAAGAAUUCAUAUCAGAUGACACUGAUUUUAUCUACAUUUCUGAGAUACUUCGAAUGUCACCGUACCUGCAUGAAGAUCGCAGUUUCUCCUUGGCAGAGAAACUGUACAAAAGUAACGACACUUCAAAUGUCUCCAAACGCCAACGAAAGCUCGUUUUCGACGUAAUCGUCGAAAUCCUCGAUCGAAACAGACAGUUGCCGCCGUGGAAGGCUGCUUCGCUUGCGAAUUCAGGAUCUGGAACAUCUCUUAAACAGAUCUGGUCGGAAUUUCAGAAAAUCCGAGAGAUAAACACCGGCGACGGUAUGCUAGAAUUGAUCAGUGGUGUUCUAAAGAAAGAUCUGAUCGAAAUCAAUGGUUGGAUAGAUCAUCCAAUAGAGACAUCGGAUGCUAUACUGGACAUCGAACGGAUGAUCUUCAAGGAUUUGGUGAGCGAAGCAAUCGUUGAUCUGGCUGAAUUUCCCGCCAAACGGGUGUUUUCGAGGCCUCAAAGGAAAUUAGUUUUUUAAACGAGUUUUAGUUUAAUUUUUCGUGCUCUUUUU